GAAAGCUCGGGUUAAAAAUGUCGAGAGAAAUCAUGAUGCUUCUUGUCUCUUGCUGGGUUGGAGAAGGGGAUUCGUUGUUCAACCAGACUACUAGACCUGAGGGGAUAACACUGAGUACCCAGACCAGUUUUAUACCUGAUCCAACCUCAUUUUUUAAGCAAAGAGGAAGUAGUUUAGAGCUAGGCGAUGAAUUGAUAACAGGAGCAGCUAAAACUUUAGGUCUUUACCUCCAUGGGAUAACAACUAAGGAGCUUGCUAUUGACGAACUUGAAUCAGUUCUGGAUCAUACAACUUUUAAAGUACAGAAAACUUCAGAUGAUGAGACGACUCAUCAGCUCGCAACCGUCAUCAGCAAUAAGAUGAACAAAUACUUCAACGCGUUGGCCAACAUCAAAACCGGCGUGGAGCUUAUUUACUUCAACAAUUAUCCAAAACCCAACCCGCUUUCAAGUUUUGCUCAAUGCUGCGAUUUCUCCUCUCCGCAGUUAAAGUACAGCUCCUCCUUCGGGGUUCCAGUGAACAAAGACUUAUUUUGUGAUACUCAGCAUCAAACCUCAACCUUUACGGAUCAUAAUUUAAGUACAAACCUCAGCUCCAUAUUCUCCUUAAACCUUGCAGAUACUCCGGGUCUGAAGUGGCAAUACCUGGUCACUCAAGGGGGGAGAGAGGUUGUUUUUCCGGGUUGGGGAAACCCUGGUCGCUCCUGCGAUCCAGCCGGUGUUCAGCACAAUCAGGUUUUCUUCGAUACCUUGCAUCAAACUGCCAAAACAAUCAUUAUUAUUAUUGACCGAAGCUCGGUGAUGACGUCAUCCAAGAUGGCGUUGGCCAAGCUGACCGCCAAGUAUGUCCUUGACCUUAUGACAGACAACGACAAGGUUUCAGUAAUCCUUGUUGACAACACUGUCGUUGAAGUAAACCCCUUCCCUUCGGAAUCUUGUCUUCAAGGCAAGGUUUUCCCGAUCUCAGAUUACUCCAGGUCUAAACUAGAGCAGAGUAUUGAUAACCUCUAUGGUAACCUGGAGACGGGUAAUCUAACUGCGGGAGUUGAAACUGCAGUUGAUAUGCUGCAUCACUCAAAUAUUGGCGAUGUUGCACAAAUCCUGUUUAUUACAAGCGGAAGUACAAGCACGAGACAAACGAAUUUGACAAGGGAUAUGUCUGAGUACCUAAAAAAGAGGCAGCUUCGCCUUAAAAUCUCAAUCCUAGCAUUAUUUAAUACUAAACCCGACAACUCCUCUGAUACCGAAAUCUAUUGGAGGAGUUGUAUCCCUGAACCUAUUCUCGGAUCCAUUAUUCCGAUCUACUCCAACAAAAGUUUGUCCGCUCACAAGACGGACUACUUCGAUGUGGGACGGAAAUCAAGCUUUCAUCCUGUAGUUCAUAGACCGCAUGUUGACCGUCUAGCCGGAGGGAUGGUUGUAUCCAUAGCCCAGGUCGCUGCGAUCAAGGACUUUGUGAUCGGCGUGGUCGGAUUAGAUCUCCGGGUCGAAGAACUAUUUGAGGACGUUAUGUAUAGUUCCUACUCAGAGUACACCAGGAUAUUUCUUAUUGAUGAGCAUGGAACCGCUCUUGCUCAUCCGUUUCUUCAACCAUCAAAUAGUUGGACAGCCCCGGAAUUUCCACAUAUUAAAACCCUAGAGGUUACGGACGGAUUUGAUGCCGCUCUACAUCGAAUCCGAUCCUUCCCGUCCGGAACAUAUGUGACCCCAUCCAACCUUAGUUACACAUGGGAGCAGGCGGAGGCAACCAACUACAUAGUUGUGGUUGUAUCCCUUCCCUCCGCACCCGGAGCUCAAACUAUCUUAGACUCAGUCCCUGACCCUGCUCAGGGUUGGGAGAUUCAGUAUCAUGAUCUCAUCCCAACUGGAAAAAGUAAACUUUGUAAACAUAUGAGAGAAGUCGCAUCCAUGGAAACUGCCGCAUUGUACCUAUCCCCAACCGCAUUUGCCUCUCCCUUCGAUCAUAUAAACGGAGAGAACAUUCCGCUCCGAACCCAAUCCUUCAUGGCUUUCCUCACUGAUCCGACAAGAUUGAUAGCGAACCCGGGACUAAAAGCCGGGGUUAAGGAGGAUGUUACGCUUCUCUCUCAUAUCGUUAAACACUGGAAGGAUCUAGCGUAUUCGUCGCCGUUAAACAAUUAUAUUGUGAGGAGAAGGAUAUUUUCUCCUCGAGGAGUUGAGAUCUUGUAUCCUGGAGCAGCUUUAGAGGAGGGAACCGAUUCAUCCAAACAACUCUGGUUUCUUAAAGCUGUGAAAUCUCCGAACCAGGUUGUGGUUUCUCCGCCCCGGUUGGAUCCAGGUGGAGCCGGUUUUAUUAUAACUGUUUCUAAAGCGCUUCGCGCCACCAAUAGUUCAGGAGAGGAUUAUUUGAUUGGGGUGGUUGCUGCUGAUUAUACUUUAGGAUACUUCUAUAAGGUUCUCAAUGAUACUAUUCCUGACGGAUUCUGCUCUCAAUCUAACUCUCGGUGCUUCCUCUUGGACGAUCGUGGAAAUAUUUUAGCCCAUCCUGCGCUUGCCCGUGACGUCAUUAAAUAUCUGAACUUCCCCUCGGAGAGCCAACAUUUCACCCACAUGGAAACCUUCAUCGCCACUGAUCUUCUUCAGAACAGAGAAUUUAUCAUGAAGAAGGUUUGCCGAUCCCAGAGCUCCGGGAAACUCCAACGGUACUUCCAGCUAGACUCGGAGUUCUCCGGAGUAGUCAGUAACAGUCGUUCUUCCGAUCCUUGUAUUCAGUAUAAGCUGAGCAGGGUACCUGGAACCAACCUGUUCCUGGGCCUGGUCUAUCAGUCUUGUAACAGCUCCGCCUUCUGCUGGUGUUCUACCCUAGAUAGAACCUGUCUAGACUGCCAAUCCUGGGAGCAGGGGGAAUGUGAGUGUCCCUGUGAGUGUGAAGCCAAGGUUGAUGUUUGCCAAAUAUCAGAUGAAAGUGAUAAUAUACCUCCUUGUGAGAUCCAACCCACUAAAUACAAACCCCAGAGAUAUAUGACAACCAGGUUGGAUCAUUAUCCUCCCUGUAUCUAUACCGACUGCUCUUCCCGCACCCUGGAGCAGGACUGCUACGGGGUCUUGGGCUGCUCUUGGUGUGAUAAAACCCAGGACGGAUAUGGGAAUAUCAGUUCUCCGCUCUGCUCCGACCAAAGGGAAUGCUACGGAGGGAUUCUCGGCUCCCAGAGUCCAUAUUCUAGAAUCUUCGAUCGAUCUCUUGUACAUUCAGUGGAGGAUGAGGAAAGAUCUCUCUCCCGAGCUGGUCCUAUUGGUCCGGUAGCUGGAGGAAUCAUGGCGUUUUUUCUCCUUCUUGCCCUUGCGGUCUGGGGAUAUAAACAUUGGUCAGCAGGAGAGAGAGGGUUACUGUCCCGAAGCCAUGGAUCCACCCUGCGUAUAAACACUAUAGAGGAAGAAGCAGAGGAGAUAGGAGGGCCCCCUUCCGGACACCAAAACUACGGACUUCAUCAACCUGAUACUAACCAAGCUAUCACUGUGGUUUCUCCUUAUAGGAUGAAUCCUUCCUACAGGAGACCUAGACCGGCUGGGACGGAUUCCGAUCAUGGUUACAGCACUAUGACUCCAGGUGGGGAUCAGGACAGCGAGAUAAUGUCCUGUCUCGGAGACGUACCACCUCAUCCCAGGAGAAUGAGACACAAGAAUCCUCUCAGCCUCCAAUCUGUGACCUCAGGAACUAGUUCAAGAACCUCUAGUCCUCUUCAUGGACCGAUGGAACUCUCUGUCUUCUCCGGGGAUGAGAAACAGGGCAGUACUGACUCCAAUGAGAGAGAAACACUGAUGGAGGAUUCUAUCCAUCCUUGUUCCAGGAGGAAGGAGGUUGACUCCAGGUUGCGUAUCCGGGUGCAGGAGAGGAAUCAGGUUCCCGAAGUAACCGUGCUCAAUAGAAACCAAAUUAUUGUGUCCGCUACAGUUCAUAUGGUGGAAUGAAAUAUGCUUUGUGAGGGCUUAGUUUGCAAUAAGUUGUUUGUAAGACCAAAUAUUUGCAUUUUUAUUUAGUAAAAACUGAAAAUUUAGCUUCCCGUAUUCAGAUUUAUAUACAUUUGUAUGAAAUUUCUGCAAGAAAAAGGUUUAUUCCAUAAUUUUUUACAGAUUUCAAUAACAUAAACAUAAUUGUGUUUUAAGACAAAAUAUGCUGCCAUUAGUGUAAAACUAAUAAGUCCUGUUAAAAUUUAUCCCAUGACUGAUCUCGUUUUUUACCAUUUUUUAUCUGUUCGUAACUUUGUUAAUAUAAUGAUAAGUUUG